AAAAUGAGAUUGCUCAAAUUAGUGACAAAAGCCCUCAAAUUACUCAAAAAGCCCAAGCAAAGCAGUGCAGCAAACAAGUUGAAACCUGCUGCCACUCGCGCAGGUCAGCGUUCACCACUUCGCGGGAAAGCUCGGAAUCUGCCGAAUCGCCCCUGCAAUUCUUUGCUUCGCUUCGCGCCUCUACCGUCGCCUGCUCCCGAGUCCGCCUUGCGCUGCUGCGGCCUCCGCCCCUCCCUGCUCGCUGAGUCUCUGAUCUUCCGAUUUUCAGGCGUCCAGGAGCUAGGUGGCUUUAUUUCAAAGGAACCCAAGGUCAGCUGUCUUCCUUUUUGCGCAGCAAUCCAAUAGUGCUUGUUAUCGCUGAUCGAUCUUUAAAAGUUGUAUCCACACUCUGUUGAUCUAAAAGCUUCAGCAAAGGGCAUAAGAGAAAAGAUAUCAUGGGUUAUGCACAGCUAGUCAUUGGCCCUGCUGGCAGUGGAAAGUCAACUUACUGCUCAAGCUUGCAUCAACAUUGUGAAGCCACACGGCGAACAGUUCAUAUAGUGAACUUAGAUCCUGCUGCAGAGAAUUUUGACUAUCCAGUUGCUGUAGACAUCAGGGAGUUGAUUUCAUUGGAUGAUGUUAUGGAGGAAUUGGGUCUAGGCCCCAAUGGUGGUCUUCUUUAUUGCAUGGAACACCUUGAACAAAAUUUGGAUGAGUGGCUAACUGAAGAGUUGGAAAAUUAUUUGGAUGAUGACUACCUAGUUUUUGACUGCCCUGGACAAAUUGAACUGUUCUCACAUGUUCCUGUGCUAAAGAAUUUUGUGGAAUAUUUAAAGAGUAAAAAUUUCAAUGUCUGUGUAGUUUAUUUACUUGAUUCUCAGUUUAUCACGGAUGUGACCAAAUUCAUAAGUGGUUGUAUGGCUUCUCUCUCUGCGAUGAUUCAACUUGAAUUGCCUCAUGUCAACAUUCUGUCAAAAAUGGACCUAAUCACAAAUAAAAAAGGCAUUGAAGAGUACUUGAAUCCAGAUCCUCACUUUCUUUUGGCAGAGUUGAAUAAGCGCAUGGCUCCACAAUUUCAAAAGCUCAACAAAUCCUUAAUUGAAUUGGUGGAUCAGUAUAGCAUGGUUGACUUUCUGCCUCUUGAUUUGAGGAAAGAGAGCAGUAUACAAUAUGUACUAUCCCAGAUUGACUGCUGCAUUCAGUAUGCUGAGGAUGCAGAUGUGAAGGUCAAAGACUUCGACCCUGAGGAAGCUGGGGAUGAUGAUUAAACCUUCAGUUCUCUUUGUUUUGUUUCAGAGAAACUCAAAAUGGCUUUUGAACCCCUCAUGGAGGUACCUUCAAGUGACUGACAGGACUGGAAUUGUAUCCACAUCCACCCCUACUGUUGUUAAUUCUUAGACUUGUGGCUUAUUACUCCCCACGCUGAUAUAGAAGUGCUCUCAUGUUUGUUCCUCUCAUGAUGCCUGACAUAUUUUGUAAAAUGGAUUGCCAUUGAAAGCAUGUAGUUUUACUUGAGGCAAAAUUAACACUUAAAUAUCUGCUUUUACCCAUUUUACAAAAAAAAUGUGAAUGCCAAGAACAAUAACAUACUCUCAAAUUCUGAAGUCC